CAUUGCGCGCGUGGCGGGGCGGGAACCGAGAGAGCGCGAGAGAAGAGACAGGGACAAGCCAACCGUCAAUAUAUUUAUAUUAGAAAAGAGUAGGUGAAUCUUGUUUACUGCUAUACAACAUCAGUCGCUCGUUUACGUGGACUUGUAUCCAUUAAUAUAUUUUCUCUCCAUUUCAAAAAGCCAAAAAAUCCACUUAUCAGACAACGACUUGAGGACCAUACAGUCGUGCGGAUCGUGUCAGCGUUUGACCCACUAUUGCCCAUCCACUUACAAGUACCCGAGACGAGUUGCCAUGGAAACUGUUCUGGUCUUCCUUUUUUCCUUCCUAGUCUAUGUGGCGGCUUUGUCUGACUCUGCUGCCCAAGAUGGAAAAGAGAAGGGAUUGGAACCAUUUGUAUAUGACUAUGAGAGUUUGAGGAUCGGAGGUCUGGCGUUUGCUGUGGUGCUGUUUGCUCUGGGAGUGCUCCUUAUUCUCAGCCGCAGAUGCCACUGCAGUAUCAACCAGAAGCCCAGGGCUCCAGGAGGUGAAGAAGCUCAAGCAGAGAACCUCAUGGUCUCCAAGGCCAAGGAGACUCCUAAAGCAAAGAACUGAAGCAGUCCAGUGUUGUUAAACGCAUAGCCAUGGCUGAACGACUUCACUGAUGCUGUGGAUGCUGAUGAUGAUGAAGCUGAUUCCAGACCAUGGCUAUGAGAGGAAAGAGAGGAGACAGAGAUUUGUGUGGGGAGGCGAUGGGCCAGUGUCUUGUACGUAGACCUCUCUAGUCCUGUCACGUGAAUAGUAACCGUAUCCGUCUUGCCGUCUGUACCCUUUUGCAAUAGUCUGUCUUGAGUGAGUUGUUUUAGCAAAACUAGCCACUUUCUGCAGAUCAUUCUUAACGUUUUUGGCUCCUCCCCAACUGAACUUGUGUGUGUGGUUAAAAGGAACAGUUCAUCCAAAAAGGAAUAUUCUCAUUUCGUUCCAAAU